AUGGCUGUAAAUGAUUGUAAAGAGGAAGAAGAGGAUAUCCCUCUGGACUAUCAGGUCCUUAAUGUUGGACCCGUGCAGGAAAGUUCUGGAGGAACGAAGAGAGAACUGGAGGAACCCCGAUCAGUGUCAGAGAAUGGUGAGAGUAUAAAUCCCCCCGAGAGGUGUCCCCGUCCUCUAUAUCCCCCGGACUGUAAAGAGGAAGAGGAGGAUAUCCCACUGGACCAUCAUGUACACAAGGAUCAGUACAAGGAUCAGGUCAUGAUGGAGGAUCACCAGUCCCUCACAUCACCAGAUGGAUCCAGUAGUAUAAAUCCCCCCGAGAGGUGUCCCCGUCCUCUGUAUCCCCCGGAUUGUAAAGAGGAAGAGGAGGAUAUCCCACUGGACCAUCAGGACUGUAAAGAGGAAGAGGAGGAUAUCCCACUGGACCAUCAGUUCCUUAAUGUUGGAUCCGUGGAGGAAAGUUCUGGAGGAACGAAGAGAGAACUGGAGGAACCCCGAUCAGUGUCAGAGAAUGGUGAGAGUAUAAAUCCACCCGAGAGGUGUCCCCAUCCUCUAUAUCCCCCAGACUGUAAAGAGGAAGAGGAGGAUAUCCCACUGGACCAUCAGGUACACAAGGAUCAGUACAAGGAUCAGGUCAUGAUGGAGGAUCACCAGUCCCUCACAUCACCAGAUGGAUCCAGUAGUAUAAAUCCCCCAGAGAGAUGUCCCCGUCCUCUAUAUCCCCCGGAUUGUAAAGAGGAAGAGGAGGAUAUCCCACUGGACCAUCAGGACUGUAAAGAGGAAGAGGAGGAUAUCCCACUGGACCAUCAGCUCUUCUUUUGUGAGCUCUUUGUUGCUGGCCGGAAGUUUGGGAUUCUGGUGACUGGCGAUUCCUCUAGCCUGCUUCAUGUCGGCCAUGUUUUUCUUAAUGUUGGAUCCAUGCAGGAAAGUUCUGGAGGAAUGAAGAGAGAACUGGAGGAACCCCGAUCAGUGUCAGAGAAUGAUGGAUCCAGUAGUAUAAAUCCCCCAGAGAGAUGUCCCCGUCCUCUAUAUCCCCAGGAUUGUAAAGAGGAAGAGGAGGAUAUCCCACUGGACCAUCAGGUAGAUGUUGGACAUGAUCUUUCUCUUCACAGAACAUUAGUCCAGGACUUCAGCCGCAUCUAG